UGAUGGAGCUGUUCGGCGUCUGUCCGCUGGCGGCGCGGACCGGGCUUUCUGCCCUCAAUCACAAUUACUGAGUUACUGAAGCGCAUUCUGUGUGCAGAGCUUCAGGAGUCAAAACGAGCAGCCAGGAUGGGAGUCGAGGUUGAAACCAUUACUCCUGGAGACGGAUUUGCCGUGCAUUUUAAACAUCUUCUCCUCUUGUUUUGGAUUUCAGGAAGUACUUUCCCCAAAAAAGGACAGACGUGUGUCGUGCACUACGUGGGCUCUCUGACAGAUGGACACAAGUUCGACUCCUCCAGGGACCGAGGAAAGCCUUUCAAAUUCAAAAUUGGCAAACAAGAAGUCAUCCGUGGUUGGGAUGAAGGAGUAGCCCAGAUGAGUGUGGGGCAGCGUGCCAAGCUGACUUGCACUCCGGACUUUGCUUACGGGAGCAAGGGGCACCCGGGCAUCAUUCCUCCCAACGCAACCCUCAUAUUUGAUGUGGAGCUGAUUGGCUUGGAGUAAAGCCCCCACAAUUGGACUCAGGUUAUUCCCAAUUCAUUCUUUCAGGGUCAACCUUUUUAAGGAACAUUGCUCCAUGCAUGUGAUCCUCAAAAGGGGCUAGUGUUAAUAGCGAUACCACUUAGCUUAGCUCUGUUUUGCAUUUGUAUAUUUUGUUGCCUUUUAUUUCUUUUCUGCUUGACAUAAUCACUGGUAUACUCUCCAUUAUUGGAUGUUCACUAAGACGCCGGUUUCUUUUUUUCCCCCUUUCCUUCUCUUUUUAUAUUUGAUUUCUGUGUUGUAAACGCGAUCACAGCAACAGGGUUGUGGCUGAGCUGGUAACAAGUACUCUGGUGGGGAAAUCUGGUUAAGUAUAAAACAAAACUACUUGAAAAUAAAUUGUUUAUAAAAAGA